GUGUGUGUGUGUGUUACUGCUGACCCUCCCAGCAGACAGUUGCCUGUCUGAUCCCCUCCUCAAUUUGCCAAUCGAACAUCAUCAAGGUCCUCUUAAAAAAAUGGAUUUCUUGCUCUGGGUUUGAAGGAAAUGCUAAAAAAAAGGUGAAAGAGAAGUAUACCUGACGUGUUUGCCUCAGCUACCAGCAGCAGACGGAGUCCCUCUAAACACACACCUACCUACCCACCGGCUAGGGAACUGCCUGCAUCCGAUAAGAGAUCUAGUCGACAAAUUCAAGUGGAGGAAGGGGGUGUGGAGUAAAAAGUAGAAUUGUAGAGAGGGAAAAAGGGAGAAGAGACAUCGAGGGUGGGGAAAAGGUCAGGGACACGGGGGGUGGGGGGCUUUGGUUAUCGAACUGCCAGACUUAAGGAGAGUGUGUACACCAACGGUUUGGCAGACGAAACCAAGGAGACGAAGUGAAAUAACCAGCAACCCCCUCUCCCCAACACAACAUAUCUUUUUCUCGCAAGGACUACUGUGGAUUUUUAAACCUUUUCGACUUCUUCCAAAGACAUUUUUUGUUCUUUGGUGAAGUCCAGGCAACACAGAGUAGCAUUUGGACGUGCGUAAUUUGGAGAGUUCAUUGCCGCACGUCGUCAGGAUGCGCGUAUGUCCGCUGCUGGUCUUCCUCUGUCUGCUGUGCGCUGGACGCGCUCAGAAGUUCUCUGCUCUCACGUUCCUGCGGGUGGAUCAGGAUAAGGAGUGCAACAUGGAAUGCACCGGAGCUCCCAGCAAGCCCCUGUGCGCCUCCGACGGCAGGACCUUCACAUCCCGCUGCGAGUUCCUCCGAGCCAAGUGCCGUGACCCCCAGCUGGAGGUCAUUCGAGGGCAAUGCAAAGAUACAUCCAGAUGUGUAGCAGAGAAGAAGUACACAGAGCAGCAGGCUAAGAAGCUCUUCCCGCAGGUCUUUGUGCCUGUGUGCAACCCUGAUGGCACAUAUAGUGAGGUUCAGUGCCACAGUUACACUGGAUACUGUUGGUGUGUCACACCCAAUGGCCGACCCAUCAGCGGCUCAGCAGUGGCCAAUAAAAAACCUCGAUGCCAAGGUUCAAAACAAGAGAGAGCUACUACAAGAGAGCCAGGUAAAGCAGUCUCCUUGCAAAUAUUCUCCAUUCUAAAUGCAGAUGAGACUGGCCUAGUGGUGGAUCCACAUCCUGCCGGCGAUGAAGAAGACAUCAUUUCCCAGUACCCCACUCUGUGGACGGAGCAGGUUCGCAGCCGACAGAACAAUAGAACCAGAGCACCAUCCUCAUCCUGUGACCAGGAGCAGCAGUCUGCCCAGGAAGAGGCGAAGCAGCACAAGAAUGACGCUGUAUUCAUACCAGACUGUGCCCAUGGAGGACUGUACAAGCCAGUCCAAUGCCACCCCUCCACCGGCUACUGCUGGUGUGUGCUGGUGGACACGGGACGGCCCAUACCUGGGACUUCCACCAGGUGGGAGAGACCUCACCUAUGGUAUGAACAGCCAAAGUGCGAUGGCAAUGCAAGGGCCCACCCGACUAAACCGAAGGACCAUUAUAGAAGCAGGCAUCUCCAGGGUUGUCCCGGGGCAAAGAAAACAGAGUUUCUGACAAGCGUUCUUGACGCGCUGUCAACAGACAUGGUGCACGCCGUCACAGAUCCAGCAUCCGCCGGAAGGAUGGUUGAGCCCGACCCCAGCCACACCUUGGAGGAGAGGGUGGUCCACUGGUACUUUAGUCAGCUGGACAAAAACUCCAGCGGCGACAUUGGAAAGAAGGAGAUCAAGCCUUUCAAACGCUUUCUGCGCAAAAAAUCAAAGCCAAAGAAGUGUGUGAAGAAGUUUGUGGAGUACUGCGACAUUAGCAACGACAAGGCGCUGUCUCUGCAGGAACUGAUGGGUUGCCUCGGGGUGACCAAAGAAGAGGCGGCCAAACCAGGAGAGGGUUUAUCUUCCAGUAAACUAAAUCCCUCGAAGAAGCAAGGCUAAGCCAGCAUCUGAGAUUUCCCCUCCCGCAUGGAGAAUCUGGCCUUACUAAUCGGCAAUGAUGGAAACCAUAGCAUUUGCACUUUGUACUUAAAAAAAAAAAAAGUAAAUUCACUUUGUAGAAAUAAGGUAUUUAAACAGACUGCUGAAUCUGUGAAUGAUGUAGUUAGCUUUGUAUGUCCUGACAAACAAAACAUAUUUAACACAUACAAUGUAUGUGUCCUUUGUGUGUCUAAAAAUGAUACUUUUCAGAGUUGUACAAGUUUUAAUUUUUGAUGUUGCAUUUUGUGCUCCUUUCCCCCUUGUACUUUUCUUUUCACGUCGAUGAUGGUAAUGUGGAUAUAUGAAUAGUUUGCUACAAUAACUUAGACCAUGCCAUCAUCGUGCUUUGUACAGCAGUUUGAAAGAAUGUUUUAUACAUACAGCAUUAAAACAAACGUCCUACAUGUUCACAUAUAUUCAUGUUUAUUAGAAAUAAAGAACUCUUUAAUA